AGCCGGGGGCCGAGGGGGCGCCGCUGCGCGACCCCCUCUCCCGCCCCCUCCCCCUCCUUGGCUCGGCAGCCCGCCCGCCCGCAGCUGUGUUCCGGGCGCGCGGAGGGAAGGCGAGGCUGCGGCGGGUCAUGCCCACGGUGUAGCCGCGAAGCGGAGGCAUGGCUGCCGGAAGGUUCCUGCUCUACACGGGCCUGUCGCUAGCGCUCUGCGCCCUGGGCAUGCUGGCCGUGGCCGUCUGCUCAGACCACUGGUACGAGACGGACGCCAGGAAGCACAGGGACAGGUGCAAGGCCUUCAACACGCGCCGGGUCGACCCUGGCUUUAUUUACAACAAUAACAACAACUUGCCACUCCGGGCCAGCCGCUCGCGCCUGGACCGCUGGGAGGGCACACUCCUCCGGGCCCGGAAUCGCCGGCAGCUCUUCGCCAUGAGCCCCGCCGACGAGUGCAGCCGGCAGUACAACUCCACCAACACUGGCCUCUGGAGGAAGUGCCACCGACAGGGCUUCGACGCGGAGAUCGCGGCCCUGAUUCGGAAAGGAGAAAUUGAGAGAUGCACGUACAUCAAAUACCACUACUCCUCAGCCACCAUCCCCAGGAACCUCACCUUCAACAUCACGAAGACCAUCCGCCAGGAUGAGUGGCACGCCCUGCACCUGCGUAGGAUGACGGCCGGCUUCAUGGGCAUGGCGGUGGCCAUCAUCCUCUUCGGCUGGAUCAUCGGCGUGCUGGGCUGCUGCUGGGACCGAGGCCUUAUGCAGUAUGUGGCAGGGCUUCUCUUCCUCAUGGGAGGAACUUUCUGCAUCAUUUCACUGUGCACCUGUGUGGCCGGGAUCAACUUUGAGCUGUCACGCUACCCACGCUACCUGUAUGGACUCCCCGACGACAUCAGCCAUGGCUACGGAUGGUCCAUGUUCUGUGCUUGGGGGGGCCUGGGCCUCACGCUAAUCUCGGGAUUCUUCUGUACCUUGGCCCCUUCUGUCCAACCUGUCCCGAGGACCAACUGCCCCAAAUCCAGACCCGAGAAUGGGACAGUGUGCUAA